GAGUUGCUGUGUGAUGAGAGGAUGGUUGUCUGUUCUGCCUGGCACUCGGGUAGAGAAUGUAAAAAGACCACAGAUUAUUGAUCAGACACCAAUAUAGUCACUGUGGUGAUGAAGGCUUGAGGGAGACACGUGUGCAGGGGCUACGUAAACGUCAUUAUGACUUCUCCAGCACUUAGGGGUUUUACACCAUGGGAGUCCCUGCCGCUGCAUUACUGGAACCUGGAUGAAUUUCUGCCUCCAGUUUGAAUAAGGAUAAUUCUGCCAUCCACAUCCAGUUUCAUCUCUCAAUGAAACACACAAGGAUACUUAACUAUUUGAAAUUUUUCUUCCAAAGUGGAUUAUUUCCUCUUAAGAAGGACUUCUUCAAGCCUAGAGGAUGAAACGAAACCAAACAACUGGGGGAUUUUUCAAGGAAGAUACUGUAAUAUUUUGACCAAAAAUGCCAGAUGGGAUGGACAGCAACACGAGAUACUUUGUAGCACCAAGAAAGUCAGUUGAAAUGAAGCAUUUUUAUAUGGCAUAGUCCUGAUUGUAGUGUUUUGUUCCAAAUAUUGAGCCAAAGUCUGCAUAUUUAAGGUGCAAGCCCAGUUUUGAACUGACGGAGUGGAUGAUCUGCCAUGCCUGAGAUGGAAACCUUCUAUUACCCCCCAAGUUUCUUUCUGGACCCCACAAUCACACAGCGACGGGUCCUGGAAGAUCAAGUAGAGCUGUGGUGGUUCAGCGAGCCACGACGCUCCUUGUUUUGCUACUGUGCUUCAGUUGUUCUUAUAAUGGGGCUGGGCCUUGGUGGCGUUGGCCUCCUCUCCACUACCACCAGUCUCUCUGGGGAAUGGCGUCUCGGAGUGGGCACCACCCUCUGCCUCUUGGCCCUCGCUGUUCUGCUCAAGCAGCUCCUCAGCUCUGCCGUCCAGGACAUGAACUGCGUGCACAGCCGACGCCGGAUCGACCAGCUGAAGAGCGGUGGGAGAGCUGAUCCGGCGCUGAUUUUAGCUGUGGGCCUGGCAGUUGCUCUGUGUGGGACGGUGCUGCUCUGCGUGGCCACAAUCAGCAGCCAGACUCAAGACAGCAGAGAAAUGUUGGUGUCUGGUGUAGUUCUGAUGGCUGCUGGGGCGGGCAUGGCUCUAGCUGUGGUGGGCUACAGUAUGCUGGUGCACCUCAAGAGAAGAAGGGAGCAGAUGAGGAGGAGGAGGAUGAGACUGAACAGAGCGAGGAGGCUGAGGAGCCAAGUGUUCAACAUUUCAAGUGGACAAAUGAGUCAAGUCAGGAGAGAAACGUCUACUAGCAGGACUAGUCUGAUCUGAAUGGAUUAAAAGGCUUUUACGCAUUUCCUUUCCAGUUUUUUUGGUACCAUUAACAUGAAACAGAUCAAUGUCUCGACAAAUCAGUGAAUUGAUUUUGGAGAUUUUUAAUAAAACAUCUGGAUAAUUAAGGUUGUAAACGAACUUUUAGUAGGUGUAACAAAGCGAAGCCUUACUGUGAUGUAUGUGUUUGUAAGUCUAAAAUGCAACUUAUACAAAAGAUGACAAAGUGAGCUUAAAACAAAUGUUCAAAUAGUUUCAGUGAGAAUUCAUUUAUUAAUAGAAAACAUGUUUGAAAAAUUUUAAUCUCAAACAAGCAAUCAUUCAGACUAUAUAACAAAGAUGAUAACAUGUCACAUGGUUUAACUUCUUGUUCAUUCACAGCCAAAAGUAACACUAACUCAAAUGAUUCCCAGGUGCAAUUAUAAUUAUAUACAGUGAAGUUAUAUAACGUAGCACAAAAAGUUUGUGAGUUUGUGAAUGAGUUUGGUGGAUUAUUUCUUUGUUGUAACAAUGCUCCUUGGUAGUAAAUAUAUUAUG